CAUAAGCUUCCUAUUCUUCUUCAGCGAUCCAACAAAUUUUCAAAUAUUUGGUUCAAAUAAAUCCCCCAAUAGUUCUCGUGGAAUCUUAUCGUCGCUGCGAACGAUGAGUUCGAUAGCGCCGUCGACGGUGGUGGUUGCUCCUCCUCCUCAUUCCGAUCAACCAGACAGUCUUCACAACGUUUUCGUCUAUGGCACCCUCUUAGCCGAUGACAUCCUUCGUGUUCUUCUGAAGCGCAUUCCUCAAUCCUCUUCUGCUGUUCUCCAUGGCUAUCAGAGAUUUAGCAUUAGAGGACGUGUGUAUCCAGCAAUUUUGCCUGUCGAGAAUGAGAGAGUUACCGGAAAGGUUCUCUUUGGCAUCACAAAUCCAGAACUGUAUAUUUUGGAUAUGUUUGAAGAUGUUGAAUAUGAAAAAAGUGUUGUUGAGGCUUCCUUGUUGGAUGGUUCUGACAAAUUAAGAGCUCUUACUUAUGUUUGGAACAACAACAGAUAUCCAGGCUUUUUGUAUGGAGAGUGGAAUUUCGAGGAAUGGAAACAGUCGCGUAUGGAUGAGUUUGUACAGAUGACUGGUAGAUUUGUUGAAGAAUUGCAAUUGCCUGAACCAAAAUCAAGAGUGGCAACUUAUGAAUCAUUCUAUCAUAAAGAAGGAGGUGAUAGCCCUCUCAUUACUUGAUAAUUGAUAUCUAAUAGUUGUUCUCAAUGUUGAACAAUUCAAGUCCUGUUGUUGUGCCUUUUUCUUUUUCAAUAAAAAAUUGAAAGAAAAACAUAAGGCUUUGAAAUAAAUUGGCAAAUAUUAUUUUCAA